CCCGCACCGGAAGCGGUGCGCACUUCCGGGAGCGGCGGCGCCAUGGAGGAGGAGGCGACGGGCGGGCGGCGGCGGGAGCGGCGGCGCGGGGAGGCCAAGGCCGAGAAGCGCAGCCCCCAGCGCGCCGCCUCCCGCUCGGCUCGGGGCAGCCAGUCGCCGCCCGCCGAGGAGCGGAGGGGUAGCCGCGGCGGCAGCAGCAGGUCACCCAAGAAGAAGAGCAAGCCUGAGCGGAGGAGCCGGUCCCCGCGUGGCAGGAGGAGCCGCAGCCCACGCCGUGACACCGUGAAGGUGAAGCAGGAGCGAGAUGAUCACUGGCGUCGAGGAAACGAGGAGCGGAAGCAGCGACACUCCUCGGAGCAGGAACACAGGAGAGAGAGGAGUGGGGACAGAGACAGGCACAGAGACCACUCGGACAGAAGGAAGAAUCCAAGUGAAAGACCUGGAGCUCGAGGCCACGAGCGGGAGAGGGAUGUCCAGAACAUCCGCGAGCAGCAGGCAGAGAGGGAGUUUUAUAAUGAGAGAAGACGAGAGCAUCGACAGACUCAAGAGGGCAACAGCACUGACCAGAAUCCAGAACUCCGUCAAUCGGAUAAUAAACCUAAAGAAAAACCCUCUGUAAACAAAGAGAAGCCAAGCUUCGAGUUGUCUGGUGCACUGCUGGAGGACACCAACACCUUCCGAGGUGUUGUGAUCAAAUACAGCGAGCCUCCCGAAGCACGCAUUCCGAAGAAGCGAUGGCGCCUCUAUCCCUUUAAAAACGACGAGUUUCUGCCGGUUAUGUACAUCCACCGGCAGAGCGCUUAUCUGCUGGGCCGGCACCGCCGGAUCGCCGACAUUCCCAUUGACCACCCCUCCUGCUCCAAGCAGCACGCCGUGUUCCAGUACCGGCUUGUGGAGUACACUCGUGCCGACGGUACCGUUGGCCGCAGGGUGAGGCCCUACAUCAUCGAUCUGGGCUCCGGAAACGGCACCUUCCUCAACAACCAGCGGAUCGAGCCGCAACGCUACUAUGAACUGAAGGAAAAGGACGUCCUGAAGUUUGGAUUCAGCAGCAGGGAGUAUGUUCUCCUCCAUGAAUCCUCAGAUAAAUCAGAGGCCAACGCAAAGGACGAUGAUGAGGAGGAUGAGAAGGAGGACGAGUCUGACAGUUAACAGAUGAGGAAGAGAAGGGGGGACAGGGAAAGGAACCUUUUGCAGUGGAACAGGCGGUGGGAUCUGAACACAGGAGCGUGGCAGCACUGAUGCCUCUUAUUGCCUUAAAGCCCUUUUCCGUUGCUGCCCAGUUCUCGUGGUUUUAUUUGGGGGGGAUUUCAUUGAUUGUUCAUCUUUGAUAGUUCUGCAUAUCAGGAAAUGCAGCUUUUUUUUUUUCCUUUCCCGUUUUUUCCCCCCCUGGGAAGCAGCAGAGCACCAGGGCUUGAAAACUCUGGUGCUGGAACUGCCUAGGCAGUGUUGGGAGACUGUCCUCUUCCAGGGAAUGACAUAAAGCACAGCUGGUGUGUUUAGAAGUAGUGGUGUUAACUGUUUCGUCACGACCCUUUGCAACUCUAUACGGAGAUGCUGAUUAGGCAGUAACGAAUGCGUUUUAGGACACUUGUGAGGCAGAGCUCCCCCAAGUUCCUUUGCUUGUCAGGAGUCGGACGGAAUUCACCAGGCUCAGCGUGAAGAAGGCAGAAUCAUCGCAAAAUCUCUUAUGAAUUUGUGCGUUCUGGGGAGUUGGUUUCUCUUUGGAUGACUUUUGGAGAUGGGUAUUCCUGCCUGAGCGUUACAGGGUUUUUUGAAACAGAGCUUGAACGCUUUCUGGGAAGGAUGCUGUGAUGCGAGGCUGCCGUCCCGCUCGGUGCCUGCCAGGUUUGUGUCCCAGCAGGCGAUGCCGAGGCUGUGCUGGGCACUGAGUGUCCUGCUCCAAAGCUGGGGCUGGAAUUCUACCCUGUGAAUCCUUGGUUUAUGUUUCCAUGAAUCCCCUCUCUGUGGUGAUGCCUUUUUGCCACAGCUUGCACUAUUUAAGUUUUCUUUAUUAUAGAGUUCUUCGGUCAUUUGUUGGAAGCAGUCUUCUCCCCUGUGAAUGGAAGCAGUGCUUUAGGAAGUGGAAAACCAGUUCCACUCAUGGAAGUACGUGGCUAUUUUUGGCUCUCUUCUCCCCAUUGUGUUGCGGUACCAGAGCUGUGGAUUCUCCACACCAUAGACUGAGCUGUUGUGUUGGUUCUGUGGUCGCAGGCGGGUUGGUGCCCGCUGCGCACGGAUUCUGUGCGCACGGGAACGUUUCUGGUGUGAAUAUGGGACACUGGGACAGGUUUUUGGGCAGCAGGGAAUGGGGUUUGGCGGGAGGAUCGCAUUUAUAUGUACUGGAGGGAUUUUUAAAUAAAGACUUUGUACGUUCAGCGCC